UGAUCCUUUCAACAUUGUGAAAUUACAUGAUGUUGAAUGCAAUGGAUACAGUAUUCCUCUUUAUAAGAUGAAGGAUGACAGCGAGCAAUAUAUACUUCCUGCAUUGUAUGUCACCCAACCAUUGAAGACACUUCAUGAGAUGAGCACACAUGGACGAAUUGAAUGUGUAAGUGAUGAAAAUCUUGAAGAACAAGUGAAACUUUUCUAUAAUACCCUGCAAAACGAAAUCCUUUGCAAACCAUUGAAUGAAGACUUCAAGGAAAAAUGCAUAGUUUUGCCAAUAAAGGCUGACCAAAAAAGAAACUUGGCGAAGGGAGGGCUUGUUAAAUUGAUCAUAAAACGGUUGAAAGAUGAUGAAGAUUCUGGUGGCAGUAAACAUAAUCAAAGCUUUGCUUCACCACCAUCACGUUCAAAAACAUUUAGUUCGCGAACAAAAUCUUUCUCCCUGGAAAAAGCAAUUAGACGGUUGCCAAAAGAACAAUCUGAUGACAAAAAUGGACGAAUAGAAAAUGCCAAAAGUAUAUCAAGCAUUGGCAAGACUUCGGCACAAGUUCAUUGUCCAAAACAGCCAACAAGCCAUCAUACCAAGUAUGCCACUAAGAAAGUGCCUAAAGAGGAUGCAAUGUACGCUAUGCCAGAAGAAACGGAAAAUUAUGAUCCUUACAAAAAAGACGAAAAACAAGCGUUGAUUAAAGAUCAACAUAAAUAUAAUAGAGAAGAAUACAAAAAUGUUGAUACCAAACAACAAAAGGCAAUCAUUCAAACGUGUGAAAGCAGCAAGAACUAUAACAAUCAUCCCUUUGUUAGCAACCUCACUGAAGUUGAAAAAGGAACGUUAAUUGAGGGAGAAGUACAAGAAAGUCAAUAUGAAGAUGGCAAGGCCAAAUAUCAAUAUCCCAGACCAAGUGUUAUAAUGUCGACAAAGCAACAUCGUCAACAAAAUGCCAAUGAAUUGGAUGAAGAAGGUUUUGAUGAAGAAGGUUUUCAUGAAGGUGCUUAUCAUUUAUAAAAAAUAUCAAUAAUGCCUUAAUGGCUUUUACUUACGGAGCAAAUCCUGCCAUUUUAUCUUGCAUAAUCCAUAAUUCCUUUCGCAAUCUGGCUGCUUGUGUAUGAUCCUUAAAGGCAAACCAUAAUUUAUCACAAUUGCAUGUUAUAUUUGUAAUGUAGAUUAUAGUUUAUCAAUCGUCAAUAGCUAUUUUGUGUAUAGCUAAUAGGACAAGUUGCGAAUAAAUUCUAGUUGAUAAA